AUGACACAGGUUCACCCUUUGGGUACCGGAGCUCCAAGAGGCGGCCAGUACCUCUUCGUGUUUUACCACCGCGCUGUGGGCUGCUGUGGCACGACGGCGACGUGGGGCAGUUUGGAAGAAGCAAAGCAGAAGCUACGUGAGUUUUACUUUGAGCAGCUCUUGUUGCGACCGAAGCCAGAGAAUCGAACCCAGAAAGGUUGGCAGAACAUCCUGGAGUCAGCUCGCUUGAGUUUGGAGCCCAAGCUGGAUAGACUGAGCAGGAUCGAGGACGUUUUCGCUUUGGCUGAAAAGUGUUUGAACAAGAACCCGAGCAUCCUGGAAGAUUUUCGGUUCAUCGCAACAGAGAACGUGUGUCGUGAAGCUGUAGAGUGGAGUGCUCAAGAGAACUUUGUGUACGCGACUGAAGAGGGCAAGACGUUUGAGCGUGACCUGGAGAUCUUGUCUAGGUCGGACCAGGGCAAGAGCAGCGGAUCUGGCGUGUUCGAACAGUCGCUGGAGCCUCGAAGUGAACCACUUGACCUGACCGAGACCGGUGAGCCUACACCAAAGAGGUUGAAGUUCGAGAUUUUGGAAGCCUUAGGCAACAUGGUGAUGCAGGGCCAAGAGCAGAAUCGUUCUUUCAUGGGUUUGUUUCAGUCCAUGUCCAUUGAGCAGCAAAGACAGUCAGAAGAGUUGAAAGAAGCGGUCACUCACCUUGGUUCCAGGAAGGAAGCUCCGACGGGGUGGACGAAGUUCAUCCCCCGACCUGACCCUUUCAAGCCCAAAGACCGAGAAGAAGAGCUAACUCAAUGGCAAGAUUGGAGUUGGAGCUUCAAGCAGUGGAUCCUUGCAAUAAGCCCUGAGAUGUAUACUGCGAUUGAAGAGGUAGAGCAGGAUUUGAGUUCGCCUUGUGAAGAAGCCACUAUGACCGACGAUGCCAUCCUACAGGGAAAGCAGCUGUACGCAAUCCUCACAAGCAUGCUUCGGGAAAGGCCUCUCCAAAUCCUCAAGAGUGUCACCGGUGCCAAUGGAUUCGAGACAUGGCGUGUGCUAAACAAUGUGCUGGCACCCACCAAUAAGACACGAGCGCUUGCACUGUUGGGAGCAAUCUCACAGUUUCCGGCAAUGAAUCAAGGGAAUCUCCUGGAGCAGGUGCUACGUCUGGAGGACCUCUUCCGCAAGUACGAGCAGGCGUCGGGAAAGCCAGUUCCGAAUGAGAUGCAGAGUGCAAUCUUGUUGCGUGUUUUGCCUCAGCAAGUUCGGUCACACUUGACAAUCACCAUCGGUGACGAUUCCACGUAUGAGAGCAUGAGAGACAUGAUCCUUCGGUGGGAGCGCUCUACACAGAAGUGGUCUUCGCAAAUCGUGACAGGAGGGGCACCGCAGAAACCUUCGUAUGAUGAUCCGAACGGCCCGAGCCCCAUGGAUGUCGAUCGUGUGAAAGGAUGGCCUAAAGGAAAAGGCAAGUGGGGUAAAGGGGCUGGCAAAGGUAGUGGCAAAGAUGGAGGAAAGUAUGGAGGAAAGAACGGCAAAGGCAAAGGUGGCAAAGGAGGAUAUGAGAGUCGUCCAGGCAAAGGAAAAGGCUAUGAGAAAGGAGGAAAAGGAAAACAGUCCUCAUGGGGCAGGAAUGAUUGGAGCAAAGGAGGAAAGGACAGAGGAAAGAAAGGAGGAAAGGGCAAAGAAAGGCUUUCUCAUGAUGCUUGUCGAAUCUGCGGGAAGUCAGGGCACUGGGGCAAUGAGUGUUGGAUGAAGGACAAAGUUCGAAACAUCAACCAGAAUGAUACAUCGUCCGCAUCGGGGAACAGUUCGUCCGCAUCGAGCUCAAAUUCAUCGACCGGAACAGCAAGUGUGAAGCGUGUGUUUGAUCUUGCAGACAGUGAUCGACUUGAUGUCCCAAUGACAACGGUCUAUGAGAUGGACAGCGAGGGUUCAGAGUCGUAUGUGUCAGACAAUGAGUCAUGGUGGUGCAGAGUGAUCGAACAUUCCAUGGUUGACGGUGAGGAUGAACUGGAAGUCAUCGACUUUGCUUGGGAGACGUACAGCGUCAUGGACAUGAGCUUAGAUGAUGCAUUGCUUGGAGAUGAAGAAUGGGUUGCACAUGCAGAAGUAAGAGGGAUCAGCAGCAGGUCUGACGAGGGCUACAACGCUCUGUCGGAAGGGCUACCUCAGGAGGUGGUCUUGGAUUCAGGUGCUGACCUCAGUGUGAUGCCGCGAGCAUGGUUGGAAGCGAAGAUCACCCUGGACCUAGGCCCAGCGAUGAUCCAAGAGGAGUUCUACGCGUCCGACGUUGGUGCGCCCCUGAUCUCGUUGGGGAGAUUGCUGAAGAAAGGUUGGAGCCUCGACCACAGGAAUGGACUCCUGCAUCUGUGCAAUGAUCCCGAAGAGAUAGAAGUGCCGGUCUCAUUCCGAAGGAAUAGCCUUGUGGUUGAUGCCAGAGUGUUCAUGGUCCGGGAUGAUGAGGUGAAAGACCCAGAAGAAGAAUGUGUUCGAGCAACCAAAGAAGGAAGCAUGGGCCAGGAGCCCCUGGAAAACGUGGAGAACCUGAGUGAGGUGAUUGAACAUGGCGAUGCAGCAGUCCUGAUAUUCACCAUCAUGCAUCGUACGAAAGGUGACCCCGAUCACUACGGCCUAACGCUCGUUGCUGAAGCUGGAACUUCCGAGGCAGAUGAAGUGAAAGAUUGGCCAGUGGAUCUUGAUCUGUAUGCCGAAGAGAUGAGCGUAGCUGAUCCGCAUGAACAAAUGAGCCCAAUCGAUCUCCCAGGUGUAUGUGAUCAAGAUGGCCGUGAAGAACCGGUGGGCGCAAGUCCCGCCCCAAUGUUGAUCGGAUGUGGAGAAGAAGAUCAUGUGGUAGUAGAGGGACUGCGGUUGAACGAGGAUUCGAGUGCUCGAGAACUACGAGAAGCGUGCAAAGCCUUAGGACUGGGGAUGUCUGGUUCCAAGAAAGUUAUGUUCCAGAGGUUGAUGAGUCACUCAAAGAAGAGAGCAUUGGAGGAUGCGAUGGCGCUGGGAAAUGCGGCGAAACCUCAUGAACAUCAACCGCGUGGAGAGCGACUUCCUAAGCAACCAACUGCUGAUGAAAUUGCCGAACAUGAGCUCACUCAUGUACCGUUCAAGGAAUGGUGCAGCUAUUGCGUGAGUUGCAGAUCAAGGAGAGAUGCUCACCGUCAGGAUGGAGAACAACAUGACACCGAUGGCGGGGACCCAAUCAUUGCAUUCGACUUCUUUUACACCGAUGUCACGGGAGGUGAACUUGACUUCAUGCGAAGUGCUCCUAAGGACAAAGAUGCGAUGGUUGUGGUGGUGGCUGUGGACAAGACGACAGGAAUGUCAAGAGCCAUACCCCUAGAGUCGAAAGGUGAUCAAUCAUUGGUGUAUGCGGCGAAAGAGAUCUUAGGCUUCAUAUCCUAUCUGGGAUAUCAAGGCGUGGUGAUCAGAUCGGACAACGAGCCUUCUGCUACAGCCUUGACCAAGAUGAUCUGCUGGGCGUAUGUGCAUGCUUCAAUGCUUCAGAACACGUUUGCAGUCAGAGCUGGAACGACUUCGUUCGAGAAGGCAUUUGGCUUGGCCUACAAUGGGAAGCUGGCAUGUUUCGGCGAGGUGGUGCUGUUUGCGUUGAGUCAAGGCCAUCGAAAGAAAGGACGCCCGAAGUUCGUGAAAGGCCUGUGGCUUGGAAAAUCGCUGGUGAACGACAUGCAUGUGUGUGGAACAGCGCUUGGUUUGUACCUGUCAACAACAGUCCGGAGGUUGAACCCACAGGAAAGGUGGAGCAAGCAUAUGUUGAAAGAAUUUCAAGGCAAACCAUACAAGUUUUCGUUGAGCAGCCUGGGAAAGGUCGUGAUUCCAGCUAUGAAAGACAGGACAAAGCCGAAUGUGGUACCAGACAUGCCAGUGAUGCCGAUGGAAGGACCAAAGGAGGCAGCGUUGAAGGCACCAGAUGAGGCCGGAUCUGACUCCUCAAGUUCAUCAUCGCAGUCAGGCGGAACGGAUGGUGGCGUGCGAGAAAGGAUGGACAUCGAGGCAGGAACAGGACAGAAGAGAUCUGAGCCCGAACCAAGUGCCAAGGAGGAAGACAAGCGUGGAGAAAAGAGACCAAUGCCGGAGGAGAAGAACGUCCCGUUGAACGCACCUCCACUUUAUGCUGGGAGCUCAUCGCCACAAAAGACCUCAAGGGUUUCAACCGUGAAAGUUGCAGAUGCUGAGUACUACACGUUAGAUGAGCACCUAGAAGAGGAGUGGGGUGACAUGGAAGAGUGGGAAUUUGGUCUGAGGAAGACCGAAGUGAAGCGACUCCUGGACAUGGGAGUGUUGGAACAAGUAUCGUCCUUGCCUGAGAACGCAGAGUUGUUGCAGACGAAGCAUGUGAUGGACUGGCGGUACCGUGAGGCGAAGUGGAAGAGAAGGGCGAGAUUAGUGUGUAAGCAGCUGAAGAUCUGGGACCCAAACAGGACAGACGUGUAUGCCCCAAGCACCAAUCCAUCAAUUGCAAAGCUGUUGCCGGCCCUCAUGGUUUCCCGACCAGGGUGGCAGAUGGUUAGCUUCGAUGUGAAGGAUGCUUUCCUCGAGGUGAAGCAGCGUCAAGAGCUUUAUGUGAUGUUGGACGGCCUCCCGUAUAGAGUCCAUCGUUGCUUACCAGGACAGCAGGCAGCGUCUGCGUGGUGGGGAGAACAGCUGGCGGCGGACCUGGCUUGGUGCCAGAUGAAGCAUGUCCGGCAGCGUUUGGACAGCCAGGUAACUGAGAUCCUGGAGAAGAAGUACAAGCUGGAAGUCUCAGAACCCGUGAAGAACAUAGGUGAUAGCCUGAAGUUCCUGAAGAAAGAGUUGCUGAUCACCGAGUCUGGCAUUGAGGUGCGAGUCGACAAGAAGUACUUGGAGAAGAUUUGUGGCGUGCUGGACCUGAAGAGGCCGAGAGUAAGGAAAACGCCGUGCAGUCCAGAGAUUGCCAAGAAGGAUGAGUCAGAGCCCUUGCAGGAGUUGGAGGCUUCAAAGUUCAGAGCGGCAGUCGGAAGCUUCCUGUACCUCAGCCCAGAUAGACCAGAUGCCCAAUGGACCAUCGCACACUUGGCAAGGUCGAUGAGUCAGCCAACGAAGCGUAUGUGGAAGCAUGCCUGUCACUUAGCAGAGUAUCUGUUAGCCACAGCUGAUGUGUGUCUCACGUUGGCAUGGACGUAUCCGGGAAGGUCAAGUUCGGAUGAGAGAAAGCUCAGUCGAGAGGAGGCAACAAGGCUGCAAGUAGAGAACAGCGGCAAACCGGAUUUGGUUGAGGGCAUGAGCGAUAGUGACUGGGCUGGACAUUGGACGAGGGUGUCAUCGACGUGUGGCCACGUCUACUUGAAUGGGAACGCGACCUUCAGCUUCGUGAGGAAGCAAGGCUCGAUUUCUCUGUCGUCAUGCGAAGCAGAGCUCAUGGCAUGUUGUUCCACGGCAGCAGAACUGAUGUAUGUUGGGCACGUGAUCAAGACGCUUUCAAGCACACCUUGUCGGUUGUUAUGCCGGCUAGACUCGUCUAGCGCACGAUCAUUGCUCCAAAAGCGUGGCGUGUCGAAAGUGCGUCAUCUGGAAACGAAACUGCUAUGGGUACAGAGGGAAACUUCGAGGGGAGCCUUGGAACUGGGAACAGUAUCCACGUACCUAAAUACUGCUGACAUAGGUACAAAGGCGCUGCGUCAUCUGGAAACGAAACUGCUAUGGGUACAGAGGGAAACUUCGAGGGGAGCCUUGGAACUGGGAACAGUAUCCACGUACAAAGGCGCUAAGCUCAGAACGCUAUGGAUUCCUGAUGUCUCGCUGGGCUAUGGUGGCUUCGAGUGUUUGAGCAGAGACAAGCAGAAGUACGACCAGAUGAAUGCCAAGGUGAUGCGGUUGCUGGUGAUGAUGGAUGCAAUGAGAACCGCGAAUGGAGCAGAAGCCUUUGGAAGAGAUCGUGAGCUGGAGCAGGGUGGCAUCACGAUUAUGAGCGCCUUGAGCCUGGAGAUCAAGGUCAACCAAUGGGGUGGUGUUCUCCUGGUGGCUGCGGCUUUGGUGGUCCUGAUGACCGUGAUGUACGUCGUAUGGCAAAUGGCAUGGAAGGAAAGGCGACUUGGAGACCUACAGAGGAUGGCGACGACGACUGAUCAGACAGAAGAUGAUGAAGAAUGGGAACAUGAGUCAGAUGAAGAAUGGGAACAUGAGCCAGAUGAAGAAUGGGACAAGCCUGCGUGGCAACACUGCGCCAGCAGGCUGUGGAAGCAGCCCGAGAUGAACCUCAACAACAAGAUGAACCUCGACGACAAUACGCGUUCCGCUGGCGGAUAG